AACUUUCUGAAUUAGUGACAUCAGAUUACCAGAUACAAGUACGGACAGGCUCGGUCCAUAGACUGGAAAUUGUACUACAGAAGGUUCAGCCAGGAAUUCAUUGGAAAGGUCUUGGAAAACAGAUGGAAGGCCAUGGAUCCUUAAUGGAAGCAAAGGAAAGAGAAUUGAAAUUCCGGAUGUGUACAGUCAAGAAAGUUGAUGAAGUGACCCAUGACACAAAGUUGCUGACUUUUGAACUUCCGGAAGGCUCGUGGAUGCACCCUCCGAUUGGUUACCAUGUGUAUUUAAAAGCCAAUGUUAAUGGGUCAACUGUGAAUCGUCCAUACACUGUUGUCCUACCAACUAUUGAAGAUCAGUCAAAGACAUGUACACUCAUACACCUCAUGAUUAAAGUAUAUAAGGAUGGCUUGAUGACCCCCACAAUUGGAGCCCUGAAAGAAGGUGAUUGUAUUGAAAUAAGUGACUUUGAAGGCUCGUUCUCGGAGCCAAGGUUACAGUCGUGUCAAGAACUGGUAUUGCUUGCAGCUGGAAGUGGAUUCACACCGAUGGUCAGGUUAAUCAACCACAGUUUAAUCUUUCCUUCCACAAGGAAAAUUAAGUUAUUUUUCUUCAACAAAACACAAGAAGAUAUUUUAUGGAAACAAGAACUGGAUAGUUUAAUGAAGAUACAUGAAAGGUUGAAUGUUACUAAUGUGUUAUCUGAAGCCUGUGACUCAUGGAAGGGGUUAACAGGAAGGAUACGGAGCGAAAUCAUGGAGGAACAUUUGAAAGAUCCGCAGGGAAUUACCAAAAACAGAUUGAUCUGCAUUUGUGGCCCGACUCCGUUCACACGCACAGCUUUAACAGUUGUUAAAGAUUGUGGAUACUCUAUGGAUUCGAUUCAUCUAUUUACGUCAUAAAAUACCUACCCGUCUUCAUCUGCAAAAUAAACCACCAGUGUACAUCUCAAGAUACGAGAUCACAGCAACUAUUAUUGCACUUAAUUCUAUGAGUAUAUUUAUUCAAAUUUGAUAAAAAGGUAAAUUAAGUAUUGUUCACAAAAUUCAAUUUGACAAAACAUCUCUGAUAGACGAAAAUAUAAGAGUUUAUUCUACCUUGGCGUCAUGCCCAGUUGGUAGAAUAACAAAACAGGAAAUGCAGGCACCCACUGCACCCCAAUGGUUGUUCGGCCAACGUGAUCCUAUGAAGAACGCAAUGGCAUGACAUGUGCGCAACGGGUCAUUUCAAAGACCAUCUAAACAGACAUGCCACCGACAAUCAGCAUGCAGCUUCGCGUCAUCUAGCGUUCACUGGGAAUGGAGUUUGAUUUGUAGAACCGUCAUUCGAUGCAGUGAGUGCCCAGCUUUGUGGGUUGAAUUAGCAGGAUCCGGAUCCAAUCCUGCAUGAUCCGAUGCGAUCCUGCAAAUCCGAUCCACGCAGGUGCUAACGGUUAGCGCUAACGGUUAGCUCCCGAUCCGGAUACUAGGGCUCUCCUGAGAACCAGGCUACAAUGUGACAGAUCUUUCUUUUGAAGAAUUACAAUUACCUAUAAUCUUAACCUCAAUCAGGAUUAAUUUAAAGAGAAAUAUAAAUAUUAACCGAAAGGUCCACUGAUUAAUCUCAGAUAAGAAAGUAUAAUACAUACUCCAAGUAAUACUUGGAGUAUGUAUUAUACUUUCUAAUAUAAAUAUUAUUUUUUAACUUGAGAAAAGUUAAUAAGAAUAUUCAAAUUAGUCUGAGAAAAUACUUCUAAUGCAGAUGAUAAACACGCCCUACCUAUGGCUAUGUAAGUCUAAUAUACCAAAGUACAUUUGUGACAAAAUUAUCCAUUUUUCGUUUGAAGUUAUAUGUUUUAUAUUUAUAUUUAAUGCAUAAUUGGUUUUACAUAGUUUGUGUAUGAUUUUGUAAAUAUAAGAUUUUUUAUAAACAAUCUCAGAAUUUAUAUACAGUUUUAAAUAUAUUACAAAAUAUUUUUAAUGGGUAAAAUUUGGUAUACUGUUUACAACUGUCUGUUUAUUGAAUAUUGUGUACUGUAGUGUAGUGUUAGGUAUUGUACUUGCACUACUGUAGUUAAGGCAGGCAGAUAUUGUGGUUGUCGGUCAAUGUGGUGUUUCAUAGAGAACGCAAUGUUUUCUAUGAUGACCGACAAUCAACAGACAGCAUUGUGUCAACCAUCGUACAAGCAUUGUAGGCCUAUGCCAUGAAUUUGAGAAAAUUGAAGAUAGAAAUUUGUAACAUUCAGCGAGUCGACUGGCUGAGCGAUUAGCAGGGUCAACGCAACCUACAGCCAUAAUAUCAGUGCUAAUUCGAAUGGCACGCUCGCCUAUGGUUCCUGGGGUAGAACAAGUCUUCACAGAUAAGGACUGUAAACCGUAGGCCCAGUGUACACAAUGGCUUGUGUGCACUAGAAAGAACCCAGUUCAUUAUUCAAGACAAGUAGGGGGAUACCCCGGUCUACUGAAACAGACAGCCCCUGUGGUGGACGACAAGAGUUGCUGGUACCGCAUUACCAGGUAGCACAGACACAAAGGGACCCUCCCUUAGGGGCAGAGAAAGUCAUUGAUAGAGUUCCUAGUUUACAUAUCAAGCGCCCUGAGCAUCUUAUAUUAGAUGGAUACGGCUCUAUAUAAAACUACACUGUUAUAUUAUUAACAUGAAGGAAGAUGAUCUACAAUAAAUGUGGCAUGACAAAAUAUAA